AUGGAUGCAUCGAAAAGCAAUUUACUAACAUCUGCAUCAUCGAAUGAUGCACACAAAACGCCUGUAUCAUCAUUGAUUAGUUCCAAUAUGGGUGAUAAUAAUUCAAGUGAAAACACUUCAAUCUCGCUGAAUCGUCGCGAUGGUCCAUUAGUACAAGCAUUGACAGAUAAACUUUCAAUUGUUGCCAAUACAAAUGCAUCAAUAUCAUCAACUAACAAUCAUGCACACUAUAAAAGUUCACCUAAUGGCAAUCAUGAUGUCGAAGAACAAGAACAAUUAAGCCCAUUAGGUACUUGGGGAUUUUUGCCAUCACCAACAGAAAAUGAAGAAUCAUCUUCUGUGUUAUCUCAUAGUCAAACACGAUCCUCAUCAUCGAAUUCAUCGCACGAAUCAUCGAGUCAUAAAAAAAUGGAUCAUUCAAACUCACAGAAAUUCACUGAUAAGCAAUCACUUUUAGUAACUAGCAAUAAUACAAAUGAAGAUAUGAUGAAAAGCCCGAGUGCAGUCGAUCAAGAGGAUGAAGUAUUUGAAACACCUCGAAUUAUUCUUCAAAAAAUACAAUUCGAUGAUCCAGAUCUUUUUCCGGAUGAUCUUACACCUGACCUUGUAAAAAGAUUUUCACAAGAAAAUGGUCAACGUUCAAGUCGACCACGUCGUUCAAAUAAUAGUAGUACAAUAUCAUUAAAUCCAUCGCCAAAGAAAAAACGUCAGCGAAACACAUCUCAUGAAGAACCAAAUUAUGAAUUUGACGAUGAAAAAGAUGACGAUGAUGACGACGACGACGACGACGACGACGAUCAACAAUCCUUAAAAAAACGUAUACGUCGUGCAGGUUUAACAAAUGAAAAUAGUAUGUCAUAUGAUGCCAUGAGUGAAUUUAAGAAAAAGACACGUGAUCGUUUGGCACGUAAAGUAUUAGAUAUCGAUGCAGAUCCACAUGAAAAUGCAUCCUAUAAACGAUUUGUUAACUUAUUGAAUAUAUUCAAUGAUGAUUAUGAACGUUAUUAUGAAGAUAUGAAAGAUUCCGAUGAAGAACAUUACCUUGAUUUAUUAUUAUCCGAUCAUACAUUAGAUGAAAUGGCAACAUUAUCAGAGAAAUUAAAACUUUCAACAUACAUGUCCCAAAUUGAGAUAGUAAAAUUAAAGCGUUUAUUAGAAAUUUUAUCAUUACGUAUCAAACAAGGUAUUGAGCUGAGUCCAAUACUAAAACAUGAUAUUAAUGAUGAACAGCAAGAAACACAAGAAGAUGAACGUGCAUGGAGAGAUUUAGUUUUUGAACGUUUAACAACGUGUGCAAAUGCUUGUGAAGUAGCAUUAAAUAUAAUGACAACACCAAAUGCAAAUAAGGAAAUUCUUGUUGAAAAUGCUAUUGAAAAUACAACUUUAUUUAUAAAAGCACAGUUAGCUAAAACGAUUUUUCCAGAAUACGAUCCACUCUAUCGUAGUGAUAAUCAAUCAAAAGAUCCUUUAUUAACGAAACAAAAAAGACAAAAAGCAACUGGAACAAAAUGCAAAAAAGUUCAAUUACUUUACAAUAAAAUGAUUUCAUUAUUCCAAGGCAUUGCAGAUUUAAUGCCAUUAGGGAAAUUUACUGAUACUAUUAUUCUUGCCAUCUCAUCAUUUACUGUCAGCUGUAUUUAUGUUGAAAAUAUCUUUGAUUUACAAGCUCAUUCCAUAACAAUUCUUCCUGAAUUAUUUUCACGCUAUGAACAUCACCGCGAUUCUAUUCUUGAUGAUAUUCUUCUAUCAAUAGUACGUUUACCCACAAGUAAGAAGAGUCUUCGCUGUUAUCGUUUACCAUCUGGUGAAUCCAUACAAAUGUUUACUGCAUUGAUCAUGCACUUAAUUCAUUCACCUGUAACAACACUAAAUUCUAAUGUAGCCGAUGCUGCAAACGAAUUACAUCUAUUAAAUACAUAUUCAUUAGGACAAAAUAUUGCAUAUAAAUUUUUAACAUUAUUUUUUCGUUCAUGUGGAACCAAACAAGGUGAAGACGAUUAUCGAAUUAUAUUUGAAAAUUUCCUAGCUGACUUACUUGUAACAGCUAACCGACCUGAAUGGCCAGCAUCAGAAAUUCUUUUAACAUUAUUAUCACGUAUAUUAAUGAAGAAUUUUUCAAAUCAAUCAGUAUCAAUACCAAUACGUUUACAAUCAUUGGAAUAUUUAGGAUCGGUUGCAGCACAAUUAAGAAAAGAUACCAUUGAAUUGGAUGUUUUAAAUUCAAGACAAAAUCAAGAGAGACUUGAUCAAGUUAUUGAUAAAACUUUAUCAAGUAUCGAAACCGAUGAAGAUCUUUUGGGAGUAUAUAAAACUGAUCCAUUACGUCAUCAUCGUAGUUUAGUUAUUUAUCUUAAUGAACAAAGUCAAAGUGAACCAACUAGUCAUUUUGCAAAAAUGUUUCACAUUGGCCAAUGGCUUCGUGAUAUUAAUUUAACAAUCGAUAAUUUAACUCAGACAUUAACACGACGUGUUAAACCUCCUAGUCAUACUGAGUUAGUCGAUAUUAAUAUUGACAUUGAUAAAUCAUUGAAUAAGAAACGAUCACAUCCAACAAUAACAAUAUCUGAUGAAAUUGAACUUAAAAAGGGUGAAAAAAAUACUAUAUUGAAAAUGCUUUCCUUACCAAUCACAAUACGUAAGCAACAACGAUAUACGUUAGAUAUCGAUUAUGAUGAUGUGUGUUUAUUAAUGCGUUAUUUAACAUCAAAUCGACCAUUUUUAAAAACCUUUGAUGUCUAUCUUAAACAAUUAGCUGCUGUAUUUCAAUCCGAAGCUGGAACAAAUAUACGAAGUAAAGCAAUGAAAUGUUUGUGUACAGUUGUUGAAGCUGAUCCGACAAUAUUAGCAAGAAACGAUAUUAAAUCAUGUGUUAAAGUCGGUUUAACUGAUAAAAGUGUCAGUGUUCGAGAAGCAGCUAUUGAUCUUAUUGGACGAUAUAUUGUACAUAAGCAAUUACUUAUUUUACAAUAUUAUGAUGUGCUCUGUGAGCGAAGUAUUGACACAGGUGUUAGCGUUCGUAAACGAGUUGUAAAAAUCUUCCGUGAUGUUUGUUUAACCCAACCGGAUUUUGUUCGUAUACCUGAUAUAUGUUCUCGAUUAUUACGACGCAUACAUGAUGAAGAAUCUAUACGUAAACUUGUUCUUGAAACAUUUCAACAAUUAUGGUUUUCACCAACACGUAAUAAUUAUGAAGUUCGACAACGUGUUCAAACAAUAAUUGAUGUUUUAAUUGAUGCACAAAAACAAAAUAAUACGUGGCUAGAAAAUUUAGUUAAAGAAUUUCUUCAGACAAAUGAUAAACAAUCGAAUGAUGAUAAAACAAAAAUUCGAGAACAACGAAAAGAUGUCCUAAAAGCUAUACAAGAUAUUAUUAAUGAGUUAGUUGAAUCUAUACUUAAAAUUGAAUCAGCUAAUGAUCAGGUUUCAUCGAAUAAAAUGGUUGCAACAUUCAUUGCACUUUACGCAUUGGGUAAAGCGAAUCCCGAACAUGUUUUACCACAUGUAUCAACCAUAGUAGAAUAUUUAAAUAUAAAAUGUACAUCAUACAAUGAUAAUGCUAUUGUACAAUAUGUAGCUAAAAUACUCGAAUUUACUGUACCGUUAAUGAAAUCAGCUUCAUCAAGUAUAAUCUAUUCAUUAGAAGGCAGUUUAACAAAAUUAUUACUUGUUAGUGGUCAACUGGUUAUACAUUCAAGUAUAGCUUGUUUAGCAGCUGCUAUACGCCUUUCAAAAAAUGUUUCGCUUGUUAAAGAUGUUUUAAUAAGAUAUCAUUCAUUUAUUAUUGAAUGUCAAGAAAAAAUAACAGAAAAACCAAAGGAAGAAUUUAAAGGCAGCGCACAAUUGGCGAGAUCUAUUUAUAUAUUAGGUGUUUUAUGCAAAUAUUUUGACGUAGAAAGAAGUGAAUACGAUGAUCUUCAGUUUUCUGUAGGCGAUAUUUUUCAAUUAUUUAUGUUUUUUAUUGAACGAAAUGAUUCCGUUGUUAAGUUAAAAUCUGUCGUUGGUCUCGGUUUUUUUCUUCAACGUUAUGGUCAUUAUCUGGUUGAAGAUGCUGUACGUCAAUUAUAUCAUACAUAUUUACUUGAUCGUCGCCCAGUAGCUGCUCAACUUCGUUGUCAAGUACUUAUUAACUUAGAAGAAUAUUUUCGUGAUUGUAUACGUCGUAUGGCUGAACAAGAUGUUGAUUAUCUUAAUAUUCCAACGAUAGAAAAUACACAUCAUGACGAAAAUAGUAAUGAUCCUCAUGGAAUAACUGGUGCUAAUCUUAAGGAUACAACUGAUGUACAUUCUGAAAUGGCUAGUUCAAUUGCUCAAUGUUACUUACGUAUUGUGUUAGAUACAUAUCUGAGUGAAGAUGAAAUUAUUCGUCAAUGUGUACGUAAAGUGGUCACAUGUAUAUUAGAGCAAGGUCUUGUGCAUCCAGUUCAAUUUAUUCCAUUUCUUAUUGCCAUGACAACUGAUCGUGAUAUAAAUAUUCAACAAAGUGCCGAACAAAAUUUACAAGAUUUAGAUAAAACAAAUCCAGGUAUUAUACAAACGAAAGUUAUGCAAGGAUUUAAAAUGAGUUAUCAAUUACAAAAAUUACUUACAAUGCAAAAUGCUAAACAAUCAGAUCCACAAGCAGAUAUUAUUCGAGGUAUGACAAAACUCACUGUCAUUUCGUGGAAUAGUCAACAACUGCCUUAUUGUUCAGUGAAUCAUUUUCUCUAUUCGUUAAUUCGUUCAUCCCGUGUAUAUCGUCGUGGUUUAAUAACUCAAUUAUUAAAAAUGUUUGAUACUGAUUCAAAUACAUCGCCAUUAACACUUGAAGAACAACUAUUCGUUGCUGAUAAUCUCGCCUAUUUUCCUUAUCAAGUACAAGAUGAACCAUUAUUUCUUGUUGAACAAAUUGAUUUAUCUGUAAGUGUAACCGGUUCAACACAAUUACAACAAUUUCGUGAUCUAUUAAAACAACAUCUCGAUUAUAUUGAUGAUGAUGAAGGUAUCGAUAUGAAUAAAAUCGAAAAAAAUUUAUAUCAUGUAUCAGAAAAAAUUGUUGAAGAAUUAAAUCAAUGUUUACGUCCAACAAAAUCGACAACGUUAUUGUUAUUGUUAAAAUCGUAUCUUAAAGAUGUUUAUUAUUUAAAUGAUACGAAAAUAAUUGAAUAUGAUCAUACAGAAUCAAGUAAAAUAACUGAUAAACCAAUAUUAUCUAGAAAAGUGAAUGCAAAAUUUGAACCGAAAAUGAUUCUUGAUACAAUUAAACCGUUAGUUAAUUAUGAUGAUUUCACAAAACGUAGACUAAUAAUAAAGGAAUUUGGAGAUUUUAAACGUUAUUUACUUGCCUAUGACAACGAUAUUGAAGAUACAAUACAGUCUAUGACAGAAUUAUUACCUGGAUCAUUCUCAACGCCAAAAGGAAAGAAGAAAGGUGGUUCAAGUAGAAAACGAAAAGUUAUGAUCGAUUCCGAUGACGACAGUUUUAAUGGCGAUUUUUAG